AUGGCCAACCCGCGGCAAAGACGAAAACUCAAGUCGGGCUCGCACAAGCCAGUGCGGCAUUCGAGCCACGCAAAAAAGAACCUGAAGAAGCAACCCCCUAUACGCGGUCCGAAGGUUCUGCAGGAAGCCUGGGACAAGCACAAGACGGUGCGCCAAAAUUAUGAAGCCCUGGGUCUCGUUGCCUCGUUGACUCCCACGGCAUCCGGCGGCGUGGAGAAACCGCUGGGAGCAGCAAGCAAGAACGAACCGCCCGUGGACGUGGACUGCGCCCUCGAAGCUUCUAGCUCGAAAGUGGCGGGUCCAUCUAGCCUUCCGAAGGGCUACGGGCGGAUCGUCCGAGACGCGGACGGCAAUGUGGUCGACGUCGAGCUCCCAGAGGAGGGGGAGGGAGGGGACGAGAGAGGGGGACCGGCGGCGAGUGCGGAGAGAUUGAUUGAAGACAUACCGGAUCCGUCGAAACAAAAGGGAGUGGCAGACUGGGUUGGCGUUGGCAGCCAGGCAAGCGCGGAGAGGACACACCCUUUUGGGAUUCUGACUGUUGGUCGCGGACGAUCGCGACGGACGAUAGGCUUGGAAGAACUUGGACAGACGCGUGGGGGACCGGUCGUGCGGCACAGCUCGCGCGGGGAGCUCGGAGUUCUGCAUCGAUUGGUGGCCCAGCACGGGAGUGACGUCGAGGCGAUGGUCCGAGACAGGAAGCUGAACGUCGACCAGCGGAGUGCGGGGCAGCUUGUACGCGCCAUCAAGAAGGCUGGCGGCGUCGAGGAGCUGCUGAAGGGAAGCUAG